AUGUCUUCCUCUUUUGGUGAAGGAGACGAAAGUGUCUUCGAGCGUUUGCAACAGCGAGCAGACCCCAAGGUCUUGGAAGAGCAACAGCAGGCCGUGAAUGAGCGCAUGCAAGCUAUUUACCAAAAGGCCCAGAACCGACUUGCUGAAUUGAUCGACGAAAACUCGACCUUGCCCUGCACCAUAUCCUCUGUUCAAGUCACCAGUGCCCCUCAUACUCGACGAAGCUUCCUUGAGCGCAACUUGAGCCCGCUUUUGAGUGCAAACAAGGGUCGGCCGUACACACUGUCCGAAGCGUUACGGGAAGUGUCAGCUACCGCAGAUAAACUUGGACGUUUCGAUCUCUUCCACCAGCCUAUUUCGGUCUACUUGGACGAGUCGCAAGGCCAAGAUGGCAUGCGCAACAUCGAUGUCCAUCUGGCGACGCGAGAGAAGUCCCGCGUGCUGAUGAAGACCGGAACGGACUUGGGUAACGCUGAGGGCUCAGCCUACGGUAAUCUUCUCUGGCGCAAUGUCUUCGGUGGCGCCGAGACUUUGAACCUGAACGCUUCGCUCGGUACCCGGACACGGUCCGCUUACCAGGCUGCAUUCGAGACUCCCGUCUUGGGUGAUCCCGAUUUCCGCCUAGAAAUUGGCGGUAUUGCAAGCUCCACCCAGAAGUCUUGGGCAAGCCACGAGGAGGUUCUCAAGGGUGGCUGGAGCAAGCUCCGAUGGAUGUCCAAGUCAGGCCACCGUCACGAAUUUGGAUACAACGGUUUCUGGAGACAGCUUACUGGCCUUGCGGAAAACGCCUCCCCUACCGUCCGCGCGGAUGCAGGUGACAGCGUGAAAAGCAGCAUCUUCCAUAGCUGGGUUAAUGACCAGCGGGACAAUGCCCUUCUGCCAUCCCGUGGUUACUAUCUCAAGGCCUUCAACGAACUAGCCGGAUUUGGCCCGCUCAAGGGUGACGUCUCGUUCUGGAAGUCGGAAAUUGAGACACAGGGUGCCAUUCCUAUUCCGAUCCCAGGAAUUAAGGGUGACAGCGGUGUCAGCCUCACCACCGGUUUCCGUGCCGGUCUUCUUUGCCCUCUUGGACUGGAAUCCAAUCCCCGCCCUCAACUUUCCCGUGUCAAUGACCGCUUCCAGCUUGGAGGACCUACUGAUGUCCGUGGAUUCCGCCUCUGCGGUCUCGGUCCCCGUGAGGGCGUUGAUUCACUAGGCGGUGAUGUGUACGCCGCCGGAAGCGCCAAUCUACUAUUCCCGCUUCCUCGACUUGGCGCUGAGAAGCCUGUGCGGUUCCAGGCCUUUUUGAACGGUGGUCGCUUGCUUUCUCUGCAAACCUCACAGAAAGCCACUCCUACUACUAAUGGUGAGGUGCAGGAUGCCCUGGUGUCAAGUCUCUCUGAACUACAAAAUGGACUGCCCAGUGUCGCAGCUGGCUUCGGUGUUGUGUAUGCCCACCCUGUGGCUCGCUUUGAGCUUAACUUUUCCUUGCCUCUGGCGUUGCGAAAGGGCGAAGAAGGCCGCAAAGGGCUCCAGCUGGGCAUCGGUAUCAAUUUCCUUCACGGCAAUGGCCCAGUACUAUCCACAACAGCAGGGCUACGCCCCCAAGGCUCCGCACCACAGAAUCUCCAGUUCUUCCCUUCGACCUACUCCUCGGUUUCCGGUCACACAACCCCUUCACAAGCAUCUUAUGGCGCCGGCUUUGGUGGAGCUCCUAAUCCCUCUGCGCAGUCCUAUCCUGCCAGUAGUGGAUAUGGGGGUUUCGGGUCUCCGGCCGCUGGCGUCAGUGGACGGAUGGGCGAACAGGGCGGCUUGAGGACGGGUUGGUUGGCUGCGUUUGGGACGGAGGGGUACGAUGGUGAACCACCGUUGCUUGAGGAGUUGGGUGUCAACUUUGAACAUAUCCGGACCAAGACUCUGACUGUUCUGAAUCCCUUCGCCUCUAUCGAUAAUCAUCUUAUGGACGAUAGCGAUCUCUACGGAGCUCUGCUUUACAUUGUCUUAUACGGCACUUUCCUCCUCCUCUCAGGAAAAGUGUUCUACGGCUAUAUCUACGGUGUCGCCGUUUUCGGUACCGUCGCUUUGCAUCUGAUACUCAGCCUCAUGUCUCCUGCUCUCGACACUGUCCCAACUCCCAACGCCGCCGACCCUACCAACUACAACCCCCACCACAAACCCUCCAUGUCCGGUGCCUCGGCCGCGGGCCAUUUCUCUGCCACUCUGACCUUCCCUCGCUCGGCUAGCGUGUUGGGCUACUGCUUCCUUCCUUUGGUGCUUACCAGUCUGAUUGGUAUCCUAAUUCCAAUGGACACCAUGCUCGGCUAUCUCCUGACCAUUGCCGCUGUUGGCUGGUGCACAUACAGUUCGUCAGGGAUGUUCUGCGCUGUGGCGCGCAUGAGUGGCAUGAGGGGUCUCGUGGCGUAUCCAUUGGCUCUGUUCUAUGUUGUUUUUGGAAUCAUGGGUAUCUUCUCUUCGCGCGGCGCCAGCUCGCUGGCUGCGAAGACGGGUGCAGCUUGA